AGGAAGUUCUCCCAAACUUUUUUCUCCCCCGAAAGAGUGGUUGAGACGCUCCGUUAGAUUUUCAGAGGAAAGGGGAUCCGAGCAGACCUAAGGGAAAACGCAGGGGACACAUCGGCGUCUAAAAGUUGAACCCCUUCCUCUGUUUCUGUCUCCCCGCAUGGGACACGCCGUGGAAUAGCGGACGCGCGUUCUGUGAACUUUGUUUUUCUUCCCGGACUGAGAGGACUUACACCAUCAGAGGCGAUGCGAUGUGAGUGAGCUAUGCCUUGUGGAAAUGGACUGACUUUAUCCAAGCGAAAACAUGGCGUCUGCGCACCGAGGUUCAGCUUCUUCUCCAGCCUGCUUGUGGCGCUCUGCUGCCUGGAGGCAUGGGGCUCCGGGCCGCAGGGGGACGGCGGCAGGAGCUGCGGCCCCUGUCCCGUCAACUGUAGCUGCUCGCUGGCGGAGCACCAGGCGUCCUGCAUCGUCAACUGCUCCAACAUCGGGCUGGAGAGGGCCCCAGCGGCGGCAGACAUCCCGCUGGCCACCAGCGUGCUAGAUCUUUCAAAGAACCACAUCUCCUCCCUUGAUACCAGCCUGUUGGAUCGUCUCCCCGGCCUCCGAGAGCUGUAUCUUCAGGGGAACCGGAUCAAUGUUCUCCCUAGAGGUGUAUUCUGCUGUGGGCCACUCUCAGUCGUCGAUUUGAGCAACAACCAAAUCACCACCAUAGAGGAGAGAACAUGCGACAACCUUUGCAAUUUAACUCAAAUCGACCUGAGCAGCAACCCCUUUGACUGUGACUGUAAGCUCUUCCGGUUGGUCAUUUGGCUCCAGGAAAGAGGGGUGCGAGUCCGACGCCCGGACGCCAUGCUCUGUAACACCCCCCCCAAACUCCGCCACCAACCCCUGCUCAACGUCAGCCUGCUCACCUGUGGUCUGAACUAUGCAGCCUGUCCUGAAGACAGCAGCAGUGGCGUAGUGGGACGGAGUCAGCUUGUUAUCUUCUCCUCCUCCACACCCGGGAACUUCACGCGGGAGCAGUGUAACAGUGUGUGUUUUGCCGAGUCUCACCUUUACGGGGGCUUGGGGGCGAGGCACGAGUGUCUCUGCAGCAAAAACUCCGAGCCCAACCUCAUCAGUGAAUCUCAGUGCUCGCCCGCCUGCACGAAUCCCCAUGUUAUGAAGGAAUGUGGGUGGACUCUGGCUCUCGACGUGUUUAAGGUGGACUUCUCCAUCUCACUGAAGCCACUCCCACUGCAGAGUGUCCAUGACCCCGUCGCUUUGGCCGCCACCUCCUCUGUCACCCCGGUGACGCUGUCCUGGGACUUUGGCGACCUGUCAUCCCGGGUCAAUGCCACAGAAACAUGCCUCACCACAGCAACUCAUAAAUAUGGACUUCCGGGACACUAUCCAGUCAGUGUGAUGGCCUGGGCUGGAAACAAGGAGGUCUCUGCACGCGGAGAAGUGACCGUGACAGUUCCUCCCAAACUGGAGCUGCACUGUCCAAACCUUGCUGUGGCCAAUAAGAGCCUCGAGUUCACACUUGUCAGCUGGGGUGCUGUUGGUGUGGAAGUGGACUGGAAGAUCACAAAGGAUGGCGUUGAAUUUGCCAAAGCCUCCCCUCACUGUCCAAAAGACGGGGUGUACCACGCCGAGUCGUCACGCUGUUUUCAGAUAGUCCCGGGGGAGAUGAGCUGGACCGAUGCUCGACAACAGUGUUCUGACCGCGGCGGGGAUCUGGCAAUCCUCAGGACGGAUGCACUGUGCAACCUGCUGGCACCCAAUGUCACACAGGAACGAGGCGUGUGGCUUGGCCUGAGUGACGUUAACUCUCCAGGAAAGCUGCAGUGGGUGAACGGCUCUGAGGCGCAGGAGGGAGCGGAGGGCCCGCCGCCUCGCUCCCCGAUACCCCCUGGGAACGUGUGCGUCUCGCUCGACCAGCGGGGUCAGACCAGUUCACAUCCAUGCCAUGCCAAACGCGCCUAUGUCUGCCAGUACAGGCCUCAAGUGCGUGUUCCAGAUGCAGGGAUCUGGACUGUGGGGCUGCCUGUGUUCACCUCCCAAAAUCCUUUGCACCGUGCCUCGUCCUCUCCGCUCCCUGCUCCACAACCGCCCAGCAGUGGCAUAGAGGUGCUGUUGUUCCCGGCUCUUAGCUUCGUUCAAGCGGGUCGUCUGUCCUCCCUUGAGUUCCUCACUCAGGAACUCAGCUCGCACAUCCAAGUUCGAUUCCAGACCUACAGCCCUCACUGCCAUCAUCCAGGCCUGCACCUGCUGCUGCCCGGUUGUGGAGGUCCAGCGUGUGCUCCAGUGGCUGUUUGUGUCCCAAAUGACACCAAGACCAGUGACCCACCCCCUUGCCCCCACCUGGAGCAGUGGUGUCCCUUCCAGCACCGCUGCCUUGCUCUGUCGAGUCCCUGCCAGCCGGCGUCCUGUCCUAACUGCAGCCAAACGCACCGCCUGCCUGCUGGGGCGCUCAGGCCCCGCUACACCCUUCAAAAUGAGGUGGUCUUCACUCUGCCAGCAGGACCGGCUGCUCAUGUAGUGGUACAAGAACACCUGGAGGACCUCUUGGUUUCCGGCGGUGAUGUCAUCGCCCUGCAACAUGAUGCCGGCCCCGGGUCCUUGCUCCGCUGCCAGUCCUCCAUCCACUCACAGUGGCGACAACCUGUUCUGGCCCUCAACCAGUCCGAGUGGUUCUGGAUAAACAACACCAGACAUUCAGCGGAUAGAUCGGCCAACUCUGACGCCGACCCUCUGCCUGACCCGGAGCUGGACGUGGAGGUGCUGGUGGCGGACGGCGAGGGAGGGUGGCUGGAGGAGGUGGUCUGCCCAGUCAGAGUGCUCUAUGUGGGGCAAAGUGAGACCCAGCUGCAGGGAGCAAAGCUGUCUGAUGGUUUACCGGAGCCUGGACUCUACAGCCUGCUGGUGACCUCUGCUGAGCCAGCAUACCCGGCCUCAGCAUCAUGCCCACUGCGCGUGGUGCCCCCGCUGGGCUUGACAGUCCUCCACCCCCUCCCCCAAAAUGGCUCCUACUAUGUGCAGCCCAACGACACCCGUCUUCUGCUCCGUGUCCAGUCUCGCUACGCAACACAGGUGUCUUGUCGAGGCAGCAAUCGCAGCAUCACCUUCCAGCAAGAGUGUCCAUCAGGAGUUUCAUCCGGCGCGGCGCUCUGUCGGCCCGGCCUGAGCUCAGGGACGGGGGUCAAGGUCACCGAGCCCAGCCUGUACGCAGUCCUGGAACUGAAUCUGGGAGCAGAAGAGCAGAGGAGUCCAAUACAGGUGGAGCUGGAGGCACACAGUAACGUGACUGAGGCCAGCCUGAUUAUAGUUGUCCACGUGGAAGAGCCCCUCAGAGGACUGGUGGUGCAGCCACACCCUGCCCACCGAGUGCUGAUGGAGUCAGUUGUGAGCUACACAGCAUCAGUCCUCGAAGGCUCCAGUCCCACGUUUAAAUGGACAGUGGACGACAAACCCUACUUCACCUAUUACAACACUGUUCUGAAUGUCAUCUACCAGCACGCUGCCGUCUACAAGCUCACUGUGACGGCCAGGAAUCAUGUCAGCACCCUCACGGAGCACUUCAACGUGACAGUGGACCGCCUGCAGCCCAUGGCCGGCCUCUCUGUGAAGGGCGUUCCAGAUGUGGUCCCACAGGGCUCCACUCAGACUCUCACCACUUCUGUGCUCGUGGACAUGUCUGUGGCCGCCACCUUCCGCUGGUUUUUUGGUGACGGGGGAUACAAGGAGUUUGAAUACAAGCCUCCCUAUGCCCCGGCCCUCCUCUGCCCAGACUCCCCCAACCAGGUCCUCCUAAGCAACAAUGUCACCUAUAUCUACUCUCAGCCAGGAAUAUACUCUGCGCUGGUGUCAGUAUCCAAUCGUUACGACAACAUCAGUCAGAGCAUCAACAUGAGUGUCUACAGCAUCCUCACGCGUGUUGAUAUACAAACAGAGACACAGCACCUCCUCGCUGGCAAAUCAGCUGUUUUUGAAGCUCACCCCCUGCCCUCGGCCUAUGGAAUUCAAUACGACUGGCACUUUGGAGAUGGUUCAGCCCCAUUACAAGGUCGCCGCUUGGAGCACACCUUUGCACUGAGUGGCAACUUUAAUGUGUGCGUAUCGGUAAACAACACCAUCAGUGCUAUGGAGGCUUGUGCUGAGAUGUUUGUAUAUGAGGAGAUUGAAGAUCUAAAAGCGGAAAGCUCAUCUCCAACAGAGCUUCACAGCCCUACUGCCGUGAGGGCCCGCCUUGCUUCAGGUAACAACAUCACAUGGACAUACUCCAUGGGUGAUGGAGCUGUCUACUCUUCAUCUGAAGCUCACGUGACGCACAACUACAACAAAGAUGGCAACUACACAGUGAACGUGACCGCCUCGAACGCUGUGAGCUCUGGUUGGACAAUCCUAGAAGUGCAGGUGUUUGUCUUCCAAGUGAUAAGGAUGGAGCCGUCUGGGUGUGUCCAAGAGCAGACUCCAGUCAAAUUUCAAGCCUGGGUUUCUGGUAAUGAAUCUGCUCACCUAUAUGAAUGGUGCUUCGGGGAUGGAAGCCCCAACGAGACACACCAAGGCAACCCCAGAGUGUCACACACCUACUGGAAAAGUGGAAACUACCACCUCUCGCUGCUUCUUUCCAGCGGGGUCAACAGGGCCACCAAGGCUAACUUCUUCAACUUGGUGUGUGUGCAGCCAGCUUUGACCCACAUAAGCCUUCCCAUUGAGAAAUCCCUCUAUGCUGUUGGAGAAGACAUUCUGUUCCAGGUCAAAGCUGAGCCAAGGUUUAACUACUUUUAUCAGUGGGACUUUGGUAGAGAGGAGGACUCUGUGCUCAUCCAUGGUUCUGGGAAUGUUUUGAAAAUGUAUAAAAACCCAGGUCGGUACAUGGUGACAGUCACAGUCUUCAAUAACAUCUCCAGCAGUAAUACCAGCGUUGUGAUUGAGGUUCUGAUGCCUGUAGGACCAAUCGUUAUUCAGCACAAUGGCACCAAAAUCAACAACUUAACACUUCAAGCACCGUAUGCUUUCACAACUUCCUCCCAGGCCUCCGAUGUAAAUUACACGUGGAACUUUGGAGACGGGAAUACUUUUGCAGGUCAGAAUACCCUCCAUACCUACAAUAUGUCUGGAAACUACAAUAUCACACUGACAGCAGCCAACACAGUUAGCUGGAAUCAUACUACUCUGCCUGUUGCUGUGCUGGCACCAAUCCGUGGGUUGACCGUCAAUGCCAGCUUGGUCAACGUCCCUCUGAAUGCCUCGGUUCACUUUGAGGCCCAGAUGGAGAAGGGAGAUGGCGUCCGGUUCUCUUGGAUCGUUUGUGACCACUGCACCUCAAUACCAGCGACCCACACCAUGUACUACACCUUCCGCUCUGUUGGAACUUUCAACAUCAUCGUGACGGCUGAAAACGACGUUGGAACGACACAGGCGAGCAUCUUACUGUUUGUACAACGUGAGCUGGAGGGACUGCAGAUUUUAGCAGAGGAGGAGAUUGGAGGAAGUGGAGGCACCAAAGAGAACAGAUGCUGCUUUGCUACGAACCGCCUGCUCCACCUUCAAGCUGGACUAAAGGAAGGAACCAACAUGACAUUUACUUGGAACAUCAUCAGAGAACUAGACCCAGCCAGCUCAAGCUUCAACAUAACCGGAAAGAACGUGGAGGUGAAUUUCUCUAAACCAGGCCCAUGUGAAAUCUUCCUUCGGGCCGCCAACCUCCUGGGCCAGCUUACCAUCAACAGAACCAUCCACUUCAUGGAACCAGCAAAAGGCCUGUACCUGCAGAUUAGCAACAAUCCAGUUGCGGUCAAUUCACCAACUAACUUGACAGUCUUGACCAUGGAGGGCUCAGACUUGCAGUACCGCUGGUCUGUGAAUGGGGAUACUCUGAUAUGGAACAAGUCCUGGAAGACCCACACCUUCAGCAGUCCUGGCCAGAAAGUAGUUACUGUGGAGGUCUUCAAUAACGUUAGCUCAGAGGUUGUUUUAGAAACUGUCAGUGUCCAGGAAAUCAUUUCUGGACUAACAUUCACAGCUACCAAUGUAACGGACCCAAAUUACAUAGCAACAGGCGCUAAUGUCUCACUCCAGGGAGAGGUUCUGACAGGAACCAAUGUGACAUGGACAUGGCUGAUCGACGGAAGAACAGACACAGGAAGGAGAACCUCCCUGGUUUUCCAGGAGCCAAAGAUGGCCCUCAUUACUCUAAAUGCCACCAAUGAUGUCAGUGGGCAAUUUGUCUCCAGGGAGUUAUUUGCUCAGGACAAGAUUCAGGGGUUGGAGCUGAGGGCAAGUAAGAAGAUUGCAGGAAUUGGCGAGAAGGUGGAGUUCACCAUUUCUAUGGCAGCAGGGUCGGACGUUCACCUGAUCCUCAGCAUCAGUGGAGAUGCCACUGUUAUCACCCAACCCAACCAAACCUAUGUCCACGUGUUCAGUAGAGUGGAUACCUACAUGGUGAAUCUCACUGCUCACAACCAGGUGAGCUCCAAGAGGCGGCACCUCCAGGUGGAGGUGAUGGAGCCUGUGCGUGGACUGUCCAUCCUGGGAAGCUGCACAGCAAUUCCUGUCGGUGUGAAGAGACUGUUUGUGGCCAACAUCCUGACAGGCAAACCCGUUAGCUUCCUGUGGACUAUUGAUCUACACCACCUGCACAAGAUUUCACAUAUGGGAAAAGAGGUGUCAUACACUCCAGAGGAGGCCGGUUUACUGACCAUCUACCUUAAAGCUAUCAACGCCCUGCAUCACCAGAACAUCACCAUGCACAUCCUCGUGCAGAACCUGCUGACGGCUUCCUUCCUGUACGCAGCACCUCAGGACACGUUCAUCCAUAAAACAAUAACCCUGAUGGCCUCUAUCACUCCCAGGUCAACCCCUGUGGAGUGUUUGUGGGACUUUGGGGACGGUUCUAGUCCAGUUCACACCAACACCACAACUGUGGGUUAUGAGUACAAACACCCGGGACACUAUAUGGUCAAAGUGAACUGCAGCAACCUGGUGAGCUGGGUGUUGGCCCAGGUGGAGGUAAACAUCAGUGUGUUAGAGUGUGAGGAACCAGAGGUGCAGGUGGUCCAAGCCCCCCGCCUGGCCAUCUGGCGCUCCCAGCCCACUUUGGUGGAGGCCAGUGUCGAUCUGAAAGGCUGUGUGCGCUACGGGGCUCAGUACCUCUGGCAGAUAUACUCCAAGCCCUCCUGUGAUAAUGACAAAGACGACCAGAUGUCUUCUGGAGCCGUGACCAGGCCCUCUCAGUCUUUGCCUGUUCCAGUCAUUCGCCUGCCGGUGGAGGUGGAUGUGCGGCGGCUGCAGCUGUCAUUACCCAAGAUGGCUCUGGUGACAGGAAACUACAGCUUGGUGUUUUCUCUGUCAUAUGAAGGCGUGCCGCUGAGGAAGGCUGCCUGUCUGCAGCUGAGUGUCAUGGCUGCCAGGCUGAUGCCCAUUAUAGAAGGUGGUACUUACAGGGUGUGGUCGAGGACGCAGGACCUGCAGCUCAGUGCGGAGCAGUCCUACGACCCCAACUUGGACCCAGAUAGCCAGUCACUCCUUCACUACCACUGGGAGUGUCAAAGUACCUCAAAGGGUCCAGAGCACUGCUCCACUCUGAACUUCGGCUUGGGCUCCAGCGGUCCAGUGCUGGGAAUCUCUGGCUUUGAGCUGGAGGCAGGCGUCGAAUACACUUUCAAACUGACUAUCAGCAAAGACAGGAUGCCACCAGAGUCCACCACGCAGACUGUGUUCGUCCAGAGUGGUCACAUCCCCAUGGUGUAUCUGGAGUGUGUGUCCUGUAAGGCCCAGUCCUUCUACGAGGUCAGCCAGAACUCCUACGUCUACCUCAGAGGGACCUGCACCAACUGCCAGGGCUUUCACCGUGGGCGUUGGAGUGCCAUGACUCUACAGAAUGAGACUCUGGUCCUGGACUCCUCCUCCACCACCACUGGAAGUGGCGGCAUGAAUCUGGUGCUGCGGCAGGGCGUCCUGCGCCACAUAGACUCCUACAUCUUCACCCUGCACGUAACAGACGGCAGUCUGGAUGGCGAGGGCGUGGCCUCCAUAACACUCCAUCGCAACAUGCCCCCGACUGGUGGAGAGUGUCAUCUGAGAGGUGGAGGGGAAGCAGGAGUGGAGUACGGAGACGGAGAUGGUGAAGGCUGGGAGCUGCGCACGCUGGUGGACAGGGUUCACUUCAGCUGCUCAGGUUACACUGAUCUGGGCGACUCGGAGUCUCCGCUGCUCUACAGUCUGCUGGUGACGCGCUGCAGAGAAGACUUCUGCGAGGACUUCUGUGUCUACAAAGGCAGCAGUCCAGAGCACUCGGCCUUCCUGCCUCCAGGCUUCAGCUCAGCCCGACAACGUGUUGCGGUGUCCAUCACAGUGGAGGACCAUCAAGGAGCUGCCAUCACUGCACUGAACAAGUCCAUUGAAGUAUGGCUGCCACAUCCUCCCUCGGGGUACAGCAGUCUUCCUCACUGGCUGUCUCACCUGACAGACACCAAACUUAAAAAGUUGCUGGAGCAGGGAGACUCCCAGAGGGUCAGAGAGUUAUCACUGGCCCUUAUCACAGUCCUGAAUGAGUAUGAGCGGCUUAGACAAUCAGCGCGGGUGUCCCGAGACGAGCGCGGCUACAGAGUCGGAGUUCGCAGCAACAUCACCAGAGCCCUGACAGCUCUGGAUCUGAACACUGUCAACGACAUCCAGCAGACCUCUGCUGCUCUGGCACAGUGCACGGCGGUGAGCCGUGAGUUCGUCUGUGAGGAGUGUCAGAACAGCACUCUGAACAAGCUGGAGUCCAUGCUGGAGAUUCUACAGACUGACACCAAGCAGGGCACCGUCACUCCCACUGAGAUAGCUGACAACAUCCUGCACAUCAUGGGUGAUCUGAUCCAUCAGGUCAGCCAAUCAGCCUCCCAAUCUUACUUCCAGCCCUAUGUGGAUUCCCCCUCACCCGCGUCCAACUCCUCCUUCUCCUCUUCGGGUGAGGAGCAUGGCGGCCCCCUGUUGGACUCCUCACCCUCCUCAUCAGAGCCACACCCCCUGCGAGUGGCUGCGAAGGCUUACAGUCUCUCCUCGGUGCUCAUGAUGAUCCUCCUGCAUGGCCGGGUGCUCAACGAGGAGCCGCUGGUGCUGAGGGGGGCUGAGAUCGCUGCAACCGGAAAACUGGCAGACCCCCAGAGCCUGCUCUGCUACCAUGGCAACAACAGUCCAGAGUGCCAGCGCUUCUCCAUCCCACGAGCUUUUAACAACAGUCUCGGCAGAGCGGCUGCAGGAAACAGCAUCAUGCAGCUGCUCUUUCAGGUGGAAUCCAACCCCUUCCCCUUCAAUUACGUGGCUAACUACACCGUCUCCACUGAGGUGGCCUCCAUGGAGUUUCGCACUGAAAACGGCACGCAGAUCCCAAUCUCAGGACUGGACGACAGUCUCGCCAUCACUGUUGCCAUCAACAAUGGCAGUAGUGCUGAAGUGGGCGUGGAGGGCUCUGGUAGCGGCGGGCUGCCCACAGCUGGAGCCGUUAACAUCAGCCUCUGCGACUCGGUCGUGGUCAGGGUCAGCGCGGGCAACACCAACAGACAGGCGGGGCUGUUUGUGCAGCUCAACUUCACUUCUCUGGAGGAUGCCUCAGAGAUGGACAACAGAGUUGAAGAUGAAGAGGAGCCAUUCAUCACAGCUUACCUUGACUCCCAUGCAGGGCCGAGCGAGUUCAACUGCACAGACCGAAGACGAAUCUCACUCAGUAUGACCAGGGGCCAAGAUCUGGACCACAAGAAAUACACCUUCUUCCUAUCACCAGAGUCCUAUGACACCACACUGGACUACUUCAUCAACGUGAGUACGCCCUGCAGCCCCGGCUCUCGGUCUGUGGGCGUUCGGCUGGAGGUCGGGGUGUUUGCCUCCCUGUGUCAGUACUUCAGUGAGAGUGACAAGCAGUGGCGUACUGAUGGCAUGGUGCCCCUGGCAGAGACCAACGCCAGCAGAGCUUUUUGCCGCACAAAGCACCUCACCUCCUUCGGUGCCGGCCUGUUUGUACCAACCAACGCAGUCAGCUUUACGAUGCCAGUGCGUUCUGGUGCACCGAGCCUGGUCGUGCUGUUGGUGUGUGUGUUGGGUUUGCUCAGCUAUGUUGUGGCAGCGGCCAUCUUGCACAAGCUGGACCAGCUGGAUCUGCGCCGGGCGGGUGUGGUUCCGCUCUGCGGCCAAGACGGUCUCUUCAAGUACGAGGUUCAGGUGAAGACUGGCUGGAGUCGAGGGGCAGGCACCACGGCCCAUGUAGGAAUCAGUCUGUACGGGCGGGAGAGCCGCAGUGGACACCGCCAUCUGGACAGCAGGGGAGCCUUCUCACGCAACACUCUUGAUAUCUUCCACCUCGCCACAGACACCAGCCUGGGCAGUGUGUGGAAAAUACGAAUCUGGCACGACAACAAGGGUCUGUCCCCAGCGUGGAUGCUACAGUACGUCCUGGUGAAAGAUCUGCAGACAGGAAGAAGCUACUACUUCCUGGUUGAGGAGUGGCUGUCGGUCGACAACGAGAAAACCGAUGGGCGUGUAGAGAUUGAGGUGGAGCCAUCAGAGGAGGCUGUGCUCCGUCAUGUGCCCCGUCUCAUGUGGUGUGAGCUGCAGAGGGCGCUGUGUGAGAGCCACCUGUGGCUGUCGCUGUGGGAGCGGCCUCUCCGCAGCCCCUUCACCCGCCUGCAAAGAGCCACUUGCUGCACUGUGCUGCUGCAGCUGCUUCUGCUGGCCAACACACUGUGGUACAGCAUCGUGGUGGACAAGAGAUACAGCCCGUGGGCCGUGUCGCAGCUGUCUUCGUUGAAUGGAGAGACCGUGGCAGCCGGAGUGGUGACCUGUCUGAUCGUCUACCCGCUCUACCUGCUCAUAUUCACGCUCUUCAGAAUGAGCCGCAGCAAGUGUGUGUCUGUGGAGCAGGUACCACCACAAAUGGACCAGGAGUCUGUGGAGAUCGAUGACUUCCUGGAGAACUCUAUGGCUGGAAGCUCCUUCCUCUUCUAUAAUGGCGAGACCAACUCAGAAGAAACCAAUGUCGAUUUGCCCACACCAUCAACCAAAAGUGUGGACAGUUGGACCAUGGCAGAGGAGGAUACGGAGGACAGGGAUUGGCCGGAGCUGUUGAGUGACGUGUCUGUGGUGGGAGGGGCGGGGCACGGAGCGGGACUGCCCAGGCUGAAGAGGGGUCAGGGGAGCAGGCACUUGGGUGUUGACAUGACCUUUAACCCUGACGAUGAGGAGGGGACUGAGCAACGCAACAAAUAUUUCACCUCUUCAGAUGAGGAUCUGAUCAAACACAUCCUGGCAGAUGGACAGAACUUCUUUCCCCAGGCCGAUGAAAGUGAGAUGGCCGACCUGUCGAGCAUUUUCGGAGACAAGACUGAAGUGAUCCUCCUCCAGAAGCUCAAUGAGCCUCUUCCUCUGGAAUCUGUCAGAAGGGACCCACCGAAAACUGCUUUCACCGCGAAUACAGUUAUGACUGACGUGUGUCGUCCCAGGCGGUUCCCUCCCUGGUGUGGACGUGCCACCCUGUGGGGCAGCUGGGCGGUGAUCGCUCUGGCCAAUAGCGUCUCGAUCUGGGCGGGCCGCGGGUUCAGUCAAAGAGUGGCCAUGAUGUGGCUCAUCUCCUGUUUUGCCAGUUUCCUUUGCUCGUGUCUGCUGCUGGAGCCAAUCAAGGUCUUGUGUGAGGCAGUUUAUUUUGCAGUGUUUGUGCGGCGCCUGCGUCCAGAGGACCAGGAUGUGCUGGUGGAGUUCCCCCGUGUGGAGAGGGUGGUCCAGCGGGUCCCCAGGGUGAGACCACCGCAGGGCUUCGCUCUGUCCCAAGCUCGGCACCAGGCCCGCAAGGUCCACAUGCUGCACACCAUGCUGAAGAAUUUCCUGGUUUAUAUGUUUUUCCUGUUGGUGGUUUUACUCCUCAACUACUCCGACUCUGCCAAAGACGCACACGGCCUCCGACUGCGCAAUCAACUGCAGCAAGUGCUACACACACCUGAGUAUCACAACAUCAGCAGCCGUGACAACGUCUUGAUGUGGCUGAAUGAGUCCCUGUUGCCACGGCUACUGGACGACCCUGCCCUCCUGAGGGACACAGGCAGCGUGUUGCUCGGCACAAUGAGGCUGCGACAAACCUGUGACACACAAGUGACAGGUGGUGCAGGAGACAGUGACUGGGGCUGGUUCCCUUCUCCAAAUAAAGACGCUGAGGAUUCUGCUGGUCGAGAUGCAAACUGGGUGUGGCGUUUGGGUCAAGUGAGGGCGUAUAACAGCGGCGACGUGGUGCACCAGCUGAGCCGAAGCCUAAUGGAGGCCUCUUCCUCCUUACAGCAGCUGAAGCAGCAGCACUGGCUCAACUACAGGACCCGUGCUGUGUUUGUGGAGUUCUCGCUCUACAACAUCAACACAAACCUCCUCGCCGUCUUCUCCUUCCUGUUCGAGUUCCCAGUUUCCGAGCGUGCCCAGUCCAGUCUUGACCUCCAUGUCAUCUCUCUGUGGCCAAUCACAGGCCUUGACCUACAGCUCCUUCUCACGAUCAUUCUCCUCGCCCUGGUGCUGUACUUCCUGGUGCGGGGGAUCAUGGGCUUCCUCAGAGAGGGCUACGGCUACCUGCUGUCCGCCUGGAGAAUCCUGGGUCUCUGUAAACUGACUCUGGCAGCUUCUGUGUGCGGGCUGCACCUGAGCCGCUGCACCAUGGCCAAGAAGCAGUGGACGUUGUAUAUGAAGCACCCGCGGGACGCCUUCACAGAUUUCUACCCGCUGGCCAAGCAGAGUCAGAUGUACACAGUCAUGUCUGCGUUGCUGCUGUUGAUACUGGUGCUCAAGGCGUCUCACCAGUUGCGGUUUCUCAGAGAGUGGGCCGUGUUUGGCCGAGCUCUGCGGCGCUCGGUCUGGGAGCUGCUGGGAGUCGCCCUGGCAUUACUGGUGUUGAUGCUGGCCUACUCGCACACAGGACACCUGCUCUUCCACUCUGUCCUGGACGGUUACGGCAGUGUGAGCUCCAGCUGUCUGUCUCUGCUGGGCGCCGGGGGACGAGGCCUGUUAUCGUGGCGUCCCGGCUGGACGUUCACCGGACCCUCCAGCUCUCUCACCUCGCUGGUGUUCCACGCGAGCUUCGCUGUCAUUCGGCUGGUGCUGCUUUGGUUGAUCACGUCCGUGCUGCUGAGGAACUACCGCCGCGCACGAGCCGAGCUGUACCGGCCGGCCGUGGAUCUCCAAGACUACGAGAUGGUCGAGCUGUUCCUCAGACGACUCAAGAUGUGGAUGGGACUCAGCAGGACCAAGGAGUUUCGUCACAAGGUGCGUUUUGAAGGCAUGGAGCUGCCCCCAUCCCGCUCAUCCUCCACCAGCGACUGUAAGUCCCUGUGCUUGCCGCCGCUGGACGGUCCCGACUCUCCACCCACACCUGACGACGCCUGCUCAGAGGCCUCGUGGCGCCCGGCCUCCUCCAGCCCCUGCAGUCUGACGGAAGCACCAGGGAUCGGCUUGGGGCUCGGGUUGGGCCUGGGUUUGGGGCUGGGCCCCGGUGUGGUGGUGGGAGGAACCAGCUGGAGGGAGAGGGCCGAGACGGAAGCCUCUCUGAGGAGGCUGCUCCCCACCCUGGAUGCCCUGCUGCAGCAGCUCGACCGUGUCACCGUUGCAACAGAGGAUCUGUACCACAUCGAGUGUAGAUUGGAGCGAGCCCAGAGGAAAAGGAGACGUAGAGGCAGAGGAGGCGGUGGUCAGAGAGGAAGGAGCGAGGCGGGACAGACGGGGAAGGGGGAUGACAAGGACUCUGCUGGAUGGAGAGAACGGAAGAGCGGCAAAGAAAAACACAAAGGGAGCAAGAGGGGGAAAAAGACAGAUAAAAGUGAACUUUCAAAGGAUUGUGGAAACACUGCUGCCAACCCCCAAGAGACUCCUGCUGCCACACCUGUUCCUUUUCUGAAGCCCAGCCUAACCUCGGCCUCAACACAUACCCCUGCUCCUCAGUCCUCAGCCAAACCUUCAGUCAGUGCACCCCCGCCCACACCAGUCACAGAUAAAUGUGACUCCUCCUCUCUCCCCGUCUCACCAGAAAACACUCCCCCUACUAAAGUCUCACCGCCCAAAACCCCCACUGCACCUCCAAGUACCCCUGCAGCUUCCCUGCCUCCCACUCCUGCUCCUACACCUAUCACCCGGGACUGGGACCCUCCCAGAGAGAGGGAGACCCUCCCCGCUUCCAGCCUGUUCAACCACCCCGCCCACACAACCACCAUUCCCACACGCAAGCGGAAACGCAAGCCCCCACCCCUCAAAAAUAAGGUGCACCCCAACGUAGACAGACACGGCUCUGGACAGCCCAAAUCCUGAGGACUCUGGAUGGAGAGAGGAACAGAAGUGAACGGCGGAGGGAAAGAAUGUGGGAGUAAAUGUUGGGUUAAGGACGAGAGGAGGACGGGGGGCAGCUGGUUCUGUCCCUGAGGACCCCCUCUCUAAACCCAGAGGAAAGAAAGAAAGAAAACAAGGAUCAAAGAGAAGAGCAGUGUGGGGAAAGACUUUACAGAGAUCCAAUCCUAACUCCAGAAUCAAGGUGCAGGUCACCAGAUGCUUAGUGAGCUGGUUUAAACACCCUAACAUUGAAACCAAGGUACACCCGCUAUCCCAUAAUCCCCCACAGCGACACUAACCCCUGACCCCACGUGACCCUGGAGGUUACGCGGGGUCAUCGACAGGAGCACACGAGCGUGUUCAGCAGAGAACUGAAGCAACUGAAAGCAGACAGUGCCGUCAGUCUUUUUGUAUAUCUCUGACAAAAAUAAUGUGUUGAUUUCUCAGUCAUGUCGUCUGUCUCCGUAUUUUUUUGAUAUUUGAUAUUUCGGUUACCAUGGGUACUUGUGGCCUGUCUGUCAACAGUCACGUUAUUAUGGUUUUCAGCCCAUAUGUAUUUGCAUGCAGGCACACACAGAUAUACGCACAUGCAGGUUCACACAUGCAUAGAAAAUUAACACUGUAGGCGCCGACGUGCUAAUGGUAAUGUGUCGUACAAUUCAGCCUGAACGAGAAAAUAAACAAACAAACACACGCACACAAACACAGUUGUGUCUUAAACAUGUCUCCACAGUUAAAUUGAAUGAUUUAACGAUACAGGUUAUAGGGACUUGCUUUUUGUCCCCAUAAUGUGACUGUCAUCAGAUUAAGGUCCCCACAACAUCAGUAACACUGGCACUACACACACACACACACACACACACACACACACACACACACACACACACACACACACACACACGUCUGUUGGUAUCCCAGCAGCCAGUCCUUCAGGGUGCAGAUAUCACCAUCUUCUCCGUAAUUGGUCCGGAUGUGAGAGAGAGAUGAAAAUUUAAGGGAAGAAAUAAGCAGCGAAAAGAAGGAGCAGCAAGUGGAGGUAGUGCAGAUGAGUAGGAGUGAUGAAGAGAGGGAAUAAAGAAGGAAAACAUGGUGCUUAGUAAAGUUUAGUGUUAGAUUAGUGUUGAAGAAAAACAUGCUUUUUCAGUCCCUUAUACACAGUACUGAAUAUUUACACAUCAUAAAGCUAAAUGACUCCCAAUAUCUUCUCUCAAUGUUUGUAUUGUGUUGUGUUCAAUAUGGUUGUAAUUUCAAAGCACUUUUGUCCAGACGUAGAGGUGUGGUGUACAGGAAUAAGCUGGGUAUCCAAACCAAUAGAGGAAGCUUCACUCAUACUGUAUCUUCAGCAUAAACGUUGCCAAAGCUUUUGCAUCAUUCACGUAUCCCGAGUUGUUCCCAGCGCCGAGUCAUUCAUUCAUUUGUCCGUUUUGUACUUAGCACUUUAUUCUCUGAUGGAGCUGAUAUCCAACACCAUAUUUAACUCUCAUGUGUCAUUAUAGAGACAUUCAAGGUAUCAAAUCAGUAGUUUGCAGUUGUUUCUUGUGCUUUGGUUGUGUUUUUGUCAUCUUGUUUUUGAUAAGGCGUACGUACGUACCUCCUGUGUCCAGUGGGCAGAUCUCAGGGAACCCGCCCUCUCCCCCAAAACCUGGAAAACCAGGAAAACCAAAAACUGCAGACAGGCUUCCAGACGCCAGCUUCCUUCUCCUCUCAGUCCAAACGCGGAAGCUGGCCCUGUUUUCACGGGUUGUUAGAGAAUAUGAAGAUGAUUGAGUUUUUUCCCCUCUUUAAAGCAGAACCACCGUCACAGAGCAUUAAUCAAAAUGUUGAACUUUAAACGCACCAAUUUCCGAGCAACUAAGUCGUGUUUGAUUUCACUCGUUUCAGGAUCUCAAAAAAAAAAAAGGGAAUGAAAAGGGCCCAAAGUCUUCUUCACCUUGUGUGUGUACAUUUCUGUAUAUAUUGGUGCCGUGUGGUGUAUAUAUUUUUGCUUCUCAUGACCAGUAUCGUUUGUGCUGCAGCAGCGUAUUCAUUAUGUCAAGCACUGGUGUUGCAGAUUCCAAGGUUUUUACAUUCCUCCAGUCAAACUGAAGCACUUCAGCCAAAGCUAUCAAUGUAUUUAAUAUAGAUGUUUGUUCACAGUGUCCAGUACGAAUCCCAGGAGGCCCGGCAGUUCACCAGCGAUGCCUCCAGACUCCUGCUCUGUGUGUACAGUGUGUAACAGAUCCGUGCCAAAGCCGACCCUCGUGUCCUCCAGCUGCCUUUAUGUUGUUGUUCCAUGCGUUUUGUUUUAAAAGCAGUGUUACAGAAUUUGUCUUUGAAAAUAUUUGUCUAAGCUCUUUUGUAUCUUAUACCUUUGUUUUGCAGUUGUAGCACUUCUCAUGUUUUUGCACUUGACAAAGUCAAAUAAAGAGUUUGACAGCUGAA